AUGUGGAAAGCCGUGGCUCUGGCUGUGUGUCUGUUUGUGGCUGGAGUUCAGCCCAUGGAGGACCCAACGUACGGGGUGAAGCUCUGUGGCCGCGAGUUCAUCCGAGCAGUUAUCUUCACUUGUGGAGGUUCACGAUGGAGACGGUCACUCAGGAGUGCAGAUGUUUCAGAAGACCCUUUCAGCUCCCGUCAGGAUGAGUCCUCAGAAGGCUUGAACCACAACUUUGUGGUGGAGAAUCUCCUUCAAAGAAACAGAGAUCUGAGCUCGACAGCCAGAGACAACCAGGAUGCAGCGUUUAGCAGGCCUACCCGUUCCUUCAUCACCGAGGAGAUCCUGGAGGCUCUUCGCAAAGCCGACCGCAAAGGCCGGGAUGUGGUGGUGGGUCUGUCCAACGCCUGCUGCAAGUGGGGCUGCAGCAAGAGUGAGAUCAGCUCCCUUUGCUGAGGACCGCCGUGCACACGCUGGCAAACGUAUUGUACACAUUAAUAAACCGACAGACACACCAUCAUGUUUUCCUCCCUUCUCAUGAAUCUUAGGUAGUUUUAUAACCAGUGUUUCAGUUUAACAUGUAUGAUCUGCUCAAAGUGUUUCAUUUUUUUAGUUACUGGUGAUUUUUUUUAUGUCUCUUUGUAGGGAUACAUAAACAAGUAUUUCAAAAAUGUUAACAAAAUGCAUUAUAUGCUCUGUGAAGUAUAUAAUAUGUGUAUGGUUCUUUCAUUGCCAGCUGACUUGUUGCUGCUGCUGAGAACUCAAGGGAAUAAGAUGCUUUGUUAAAACAAUUUGACAGCAACUGCAUAAAGAGUCACUCAUGUUCAGUCUCGUCUUGUUUGUGAAUCACUUUGCUUUUGUGUCCCAUCACACAGAGCGCUAAAUGAGCUGCAAGUUCAGACCCAUGAUAACAACAAUAAAAAGUGUUAUAC